CCAGCGCUAGCUGCUUCACUACUCAACAUUAUCACAACUCUAUGCCACAAGCUAACCUGGCUAGCUACAUGGCUCGCCUUUGAUUUGUCAAACAGUCGAAAUUGCGGGUCACCAUACAAAACGCGAGCUUCGUAGAUAGUGUCAAGCAGGAAGCAGCAACUCGGUCACGCACAGUAACCGUGGCCUCUUCUUGCAUCCGUUUGGCAGAGUAUUUUGGCUUGCUAGCGGAGCCAGCGUUAGCAUAUCCUGCCUUGGCUAGCGUCAAGCUAGCCAGCUAGCUAGCUAGCUAGCUGCUGACAUCGCUAACGGUAACGUUAGUUAGCUAGCUAGCGAGCUGUAGUAACUUGCGUCAUGGAUGAAUUAGUCGUGGAAGUGAGGGGGACAAGUGGGGCCUUUUAUAAGGCCUUUGUGAAAGAUGUUCACGAAGGAUCGGUCAAUGUCGCAUUUGAAAACAACUGGCAGCCUGAGCGUCAGAUCCCGUUUCAGGAUGUGCGCUUUCCUCCUCCAACAGGGUUCUGCAAAGAGAUAAAUGAGAGUGAUGAGGUUGAGGUAUAUUCCAGGGCUAAUGACAAGGAGCCAUGCGGGUGGUGGCUUGCUAAGGUUCGCAUGGUCAAAGGAGAGUUUUAUGUCAUAGAAUAUGCAGCAUGUGAUGCUACGUUAAACGAGAUAGUGACGCUGGAGCGGUUACGGCCAGUCAACCCAAAUAAACCAGCUACCAAAAACACCUUCAUCAAGAUCAGACUGGAUGUACCCGAGGAUCUACGGCAGAUGUGCUCCAAGGAAUCAGCACACAAAGACUUUAAGAAGGCAGUGGGAGCUUUCAGUGUAAUCUACGACUCGGAGAAAAAGCAGCUUGUUAUCUUGUCGGUAAAUGAGGUCACAACAAAACGGGCCAGCAUGAUGAGCGACAUGCACUUCAGAAGCCUCCGCACUAAACUGUCCCUCAUGCUGAGGAAUGAAGAGGCCAGCAGACAGCUGGAGAGUUCCAGGCAGCUUGCAUCACGGUUUCAUGAGCAGUUUGCAGUUCGAGAUGAUUUAAUGGGUCUUGCCAUUGGGACCCAUGGCGCCAAUAUUCAGCAGGCUUGCAAAGUCCCUGGAGUAACAAACAUAGACCUGGAUGAGGAGACGUGCACAUUUCAUAUAUAUGGAGAGGACCAAGAUGCUGUCCGCAUAGCCAGAAGUUUCCUUGAGUUUUCUGAAGAUAUCAUUAAAGUUCCCCGUAAUUUAGUAGGGAAGGUGAUUGGCAAGAACGGUAAGCUGAUCCAGGAAGUGGUUGAUAAGUCCGGUGUGGUGCGGGUUCGUAUUGAGCCAGAGAAUGACAAAAAGCCUCUGGCAGCAGCGGCAACAACAGAUGAGGGCCUGGUGCCAUUUGUAUUUGUGGGGACCAAGGAAAGCAUCUCCAAUGCUACGGUACUGCUGGACUACCACCUCAACUACCUUAAGGAGGUGGAUCAGCUUCGUAUGGAGCGGCUUCAGAUUGACGAGCAGCUGAGACAGAUGGGGGGUGGAGGAGGAGUGACGGGACCAAGAAACCCCAAAGAUAAAACCUACGUGCUUGACAACGGCAUGGGACUAGGGAUGGGCAGAGGAGCAGGAGGUGGAGGGAAGCCCUAUACGGGAAUGGGAGGACGAGGUGGACGGGGACGAAGAGGAGGAGGAGCAGCUUUUGCCUCAGGCACCAACUCUGAGGCAUCCAACGCAUCAGAGACGGAGUCAGACCACAGAGACGAGCUCAGCGACUGGUCACUGGCCCCCACCGAGGAGCUAAUGACAGGAGGCGGAACCAUGCCCAGGCGGACAGAUGGGAGGAAGAGGGCUGGCGGUGGAGGACCGAGAGGACGAGGAGGGAGAGGAAGAGGGGGAGGAGGAUAUAAAGGCUUAGGUGAAGAAAUGCAGUGGGGUGACCCAAGGCCUCGUCACAUGAGAGACCCCAAGACAAGGGCGCCGGAAGACACCUUACAGAUUCGUGUGGACAGUAACAACGAGCGCAGCGUGCAGCACUCCUCAGGGGGGCGAGGAGGAGGAGGAGGGGGGCCUUCCUCAGCACACGGUGGCAUUGGCACCAGUGGCGAGGGCCCGUCUCGCCAUCACCAUCAGAGACCCAUCAGAGACCGAGUUAUGAAGAAGGACAAACAGGAUGCCCCUCCACUGGUGAACGGAGUUUCGUAGAUAUGCCACUGGAGGACCUUAUCACUUAGACACACACACACACACACACACACACACACACACACACAUUCAGAAACACACACAAACAGUUCAUUGUAAAUCCAUUGUAGAGUCACUCUGGCUUUUAUGUUCUCUGUCUUCAUCAAACACACAAAUACACACAUGUCAUCAGCAUUAAGUCGACUGUAGUGAAGUUGUAGACCGGAGGUAACCAGGCAAUUUGUGGUCUGUGAUCUGAUCUGCUUUGGUCUUAGACGUAUCUCCUGCUCAGCGUGACAAAUAAAACAAGCAGUACUUUUUGGACAAGAGGAAAACAAGAGGAUGAUUGAUUAAAGCUCAUAUCUUCCAAACACGCAUCCUCCCAUGACUUUUCAUGAAGUCAAACGAGUACAUCAGAUUUUAUUUAGUUCGUCAAAAUUUGCUCCUACAAGGUGUAUUUUUUUUGCCAACAGUAUAAUAACCUAAGGAGCUCGGAUAUGUUUCCUUAUAACAUUAUAACUAAAGAUCGGACCAUUAAACAAAGUAUAAAUUCCAAAAUUUAGGCUUUGCUGAUGGAGAACCAUAAAUCUAAGGCACCUAUUUGAGAACAUUUGUAGGCAGAUAAUUAGACCGCAACCCCCCGGAGUCCUCACAGGUUUCCUUUCAGUCGGACUAGAUCACAUAGUGAUUAAAAAUAAAUAAUAACUUAAUGGCACAAUAAUGCCAUGACAAUAAAAAAACCCAUACAGUAGCAGUUACUGAAUGAUCUGUGGUGCAGAGACUCAAGCAUGUGCCGACUUUCUUUAAGCCACUACAUAGAAGGCGCAUUGAGACAGGCCUUAUUAACCUCUGUAGUGGGCUAACACUCAGUUCCUACAUUCAACUAAAGCGUGGACACCAUCUAACCCAACACAUUGACCUUUGUAUUUAAAAGUUUUGUUUUGAGACAUUUUUGAAACGUACCUCGACAAAAUAAAACUACUGUGCAAUUUCUAUUCGUUAUUGAUAUUUUUCUCCCAGUUGCUUUUUACAUUGUGUUUUUAUAGAUUUUUGUCCAUUAUUUGGCUCCUUUUUUACUUUAAGUCUGCACUUGUCUACUGUGGUUGUAUCAUCACAUGCUUGUAAUCCUCAUAAAAACCACUACAGCAGGUGACGUGUACACUAUGUUUAGUUUGCAAAGUCUUGUAUUUGUGCCUUGGAUUCAUGCGUCUCCAUUUUUGUUCCAUUCAGCCCCACUCUGACACCAUCAAACUUUGUUUUGCUUUCUCCAUUUCUUACCUUUAUGCUUUUCGGCAUACACUCACACAUUAUUAUGUAACCCUGAUUGUGGGGGGGGCAUAAAGGUUCUGAGAUUACUCCAGAUGCUGAUCAUUUGUUUAAAUUUUUAACAGAUCUGAACCUGCCUGCCUCCUGCUAGACUUCUGCAACACACUGACAUGGAUAUAAACAAACAAACAAACAAAACAAGUAGUCAUGCUUAGAUUGAAAUUGACUUCUCACACAUCAAACCACCACCCAACAGGACAAUGUGUUUACUUCAGGCUCUCAUUUUAAGGCGCUUUAGCCUUCUGUUCUGUUAACGACCAAGCUACUAACAUCAUAAAUGUUCUGCAUGGAAAACGUUUUACUGGCAUCUUCAUCAGAAUACAGGUUCAUUGGUAUAAAGGUCUAUAAAAUCAUUAACAGGUUUUGUUAGCUGCAGUUGUCCUAAAGUUGAAGUGGUUGCAGUAACAUGGACUAGUGUAGGAAGUAUUUGAGCAAACCUGCUGCAACGUGAGAAAAUCUCUGUAAAAUAACAAAAUCAAAGCAGCAAAAGUGUUUUCAUGGUUUCACUCUGCAUUUGCAGGUGUAUUUACAAACAAUACUGUAUUACUUUGGAAAAUAAAUAGUAAACAAGUUUGAAUCUACUCAUUCGGAUUGUCUUGUAGCCUGGGAUUCCUUCGCGAAUAGCGUUCCUACUUUUUAGUUUGACAUCGAUCAGCAUGGCUUGAAAUAACUUUUCCAACAGACUGCCGCCUCUUUUAGCCAGUCACGGAACAGCUUGUGAGAAUUAUUCCUAAUGUGAGCUGAUUUACUUUUGGGGAUGGGGGUGUCUAAUAGCUAGAAAGCAGGAAAUGCUCAGAGAAACCUCACAGUAUUUUGUGUGAAAUGUGCCUUUAAUUGUGGCUAGGAUCACAAUGUAGACAUGUAAAUCAGGGAACGUGACGCUUUGAAAAGAGCAGAUGUGUAAAAAAAGGCUUUUCCUGGCAUUAUUGCUUCAAUAUGUGUUGUUACUGGUCAAGCUGAACGUUUCUGAGCUUCCGCUAAAAUUGUGCAGGUGUUAAAUUAAAGGGCGAUUGUUGCUUCACCAGGAAACUGCCAGCUUUAACCACCUGAUCCUUUUUAAACACUGAAGGUCUUGUAUUCUUGUACAAAUGUGAGCCUGUAGCUUGUGGCCUGGAUUAAUUGAUUUGUGAAAUAGAUUCAGUUACCUUCAAACCAUGAUCUAUAGUGGCCAUUUUGGCAAUUUAGGUCCCUUUCCAAUUUGGCUAAUUUUGAGAAAGUGAUGUGGUCCUCUUGUUCCUUUCCCCUCCAGAAAGUAACUGAAGUUUCAGUUGGUCCAGGCCUUGCAUUCAUGUACAGCUUUUAUUCAUUAUCUUUGGUUGUUGCUUAAAUUUCUUCCCUAAAGGUGUUUCUUUGUUUAGUUUGUUUUUUGUUUUGGCAGUGGUGGCCAGUCUAGAGUAAGUCAUCACGUGCUACUGCAUGAGGCAACCGUCACCUUAGAGUCGGUGACAAGUGAGGAACCUUUAGCUCCGAGCAGAAGAGAGUAACUGUUGCAUAACGCAAAAGAGGCUUUUUUUAUGGGAGGAAAUGUUCAUCUCUCUCUAACAACCAGUUUAAACCUUUGCAUUCUCUCGUGGUUCACACUCCAGCCACGCUGCACUUUUUAUCUACAACUCAUUUUCUGCGGUCAAAUCAGUCAAGUUAAAAUACUGUCUGUUUCCAAUAGAGCAUCAUCAGUUCAAAAGAAAAUGAACAGAUGGAAGGAGGGUGGUUUACUGUAUAUAAUGUCAUUAUUUGUCUUGAGAACAGAUUUGUACUAUUGUUUUAAAUGUGCACUUAUCCUGAUAUUUUCUUUUUCUUUUGCUGUUUAAUAUCAGUUAUUAUGCUAGAGCUCUUGAUAAUAAAGUUCAUGGUAUGUGGAAAAAUGAUCAGGGUUGAGUCACACGCAGAUGUUGUAUAUAUUACAAUGUCCUUAGUGCUGCAGAAUUUUAAAAAUAAUGUGAUGUUGACAAGGGAAAAUCCAGCUUAAAACACAACUUCUUAUUUAAAACCUCAUGGCUGCUCUGUGAAAACUUUGGAACUGUUAGAAUCCAUCACUAUAGCCUGAAGUUUAGAAUUUUGCUGAGUAAAUUAUUUGGAGUAGAUUCUUCGACGCCUGCAUCUUAACACCUGGAGCCAGGGCUAAGUUAGCUUAGCAUCUCCGUGUAGCGUAAGAAGUGGUGGUUUAGCUUUGAACACGACACAUCACAAGCACUUCUCGAUCUCACAUUUCUGCCUGUUUAGUCGGCGUCAGAUACGUGACACCUGCUCUUCAACUGAUAAGAUCUGGUCUAAUAAUGCUUUAAGGUGGAUUUUCCCUGUUAACUUUGGGUUCGCAAACAUCUCUUGUACAUUGUUUUCUGGACUUGACGAGCCGUCAUGCAGACAGCUAAUGAUGAACGCAUGACUUGGGCUCCCAUAAGUUUGUACUAUUUCUUUUUUGGAGACUGGUGUUUCCUGAAAGUUUCUGCUUGUGACACAUCUAGAAAAAAACAAAUGGAUGUGUGUGCAAAGCUCCAACUGCACCUUCAGCUCUGUUGUGCCACAGUGACAAUGGAUUUCUGUGACUGUGCUUCAACCUCUUUGUUGGUGUAUUAUAUUGUGCCUCCAAACACCAGGAUUAGAGAGUGUGUCUUAGGCACCAACAAAAGCAGUUUAAUGACUUUCUCAUGCUUUGGUUUGAUUACUGACAGACUGUAACGCUAGCCCAAGGCUUGUACUAUAUUGAAAUAUGUAAAUCUAAAAAAAAAACAAAAAAACAUGAGGGUGGAGACUGGUGCAUGCUGACCAGAAGAAGGGGGGUUUCUGAUGUAUUGGUGCUAAGGAAGCAUUUCUACAAUGAAACAUUUUACUUAACUGGUUGUGACAUCGUCAUCCAAUCUUGCUGUUUCCAGUGACCUGCAAUGUAAACAGCUCAUUCAAGAUGAGACCGGGCCAGAUAUAAAAGAAAUGUAGCGACUUUGUUUGUUAUAUAUCCUGUGGACACGAAAAGUACCGGCUUAGUGAACCUUUUGGGAUCCCAAAACUAAUAUUGAACACAUGGAACAGCAUGCAUUCAUGUUUUUUUUUGUUUUUUUUCCGCGAUCAAACUGUACAUUUUUAUAAUACAUCCUGGCAAUGUGAGGUGUCAUAUGCAGCACCUACCUGAAUAAAUAAGGGGAUCCCAAAUGGCCAGCUCUAUGUAGAGGACUUUCGACUUUCUUCUAAAGCAACUCCGAUUGUCAUGAUUUGCCAUUUCUGGUGUGACAUUGACAGUCCUCUGUCUCCAGUACAUUAGAACCAUUAUUGUGGUCCUCUGUGAAUUAGAACUUCAAAACUUUAAAAAGUGAGGCUUUUAUCGGACUGAACGAUAUACCUGGUAGAUACAACGCCACCUGUUGACAGAAUGUCAAGCUAAGGAUAGCUGUAGGAUGUGGUUCUCCUGAAACGUGUGUGUGCAUUGAGGUUGUUUUCUCUCCAGUUGCAGGGUAGUUGCUAGGCCUCCUUGUCGUUCUAAUGUUUUGUUGUACAGCGUGUAUUCCGUACUGACGACUCGGUGCGUUGCAGGAGAGGAACACCAGUGAUCAUGAAUUCUAGGUGGAAAUACAGCCCACGUUGUUACUUUAAAUCUGCGCCCGCGUUCCCUUCAAAUGCGGAAGGGAAAUACAGGUUCUGUCUUUACCAAGCCUUGAUUUUGACCUGACGUGUGCAACGCACUAGGACAGUGCCGACAACCUGUGUCCUGGUUCUGUUAAGAUACUUGCGAUCUCUGUAAGACAGCUGUGGAACGGUCCUGGUUCACUACCUCUCAUCUGUCCCUCGCUGAACGCCGAGUCCCGGCAGGAUCGCAACAUGGAUCAUGUUGGCACCAAUUUCGAGAUGAGACCACCCCCAAAAACGUCUUUGUCCCUGCAGCAGUCGUUAAUUUGCAGAAUGUGUACGACAUCGACAGAUGCUAACCAGACACAUAGUGGACUGUUGACAGUAGAGUGGUAGAAAGUGAAGACACGCCGAGAAUCUGUAGAUACUUAAACCAGGGUAGUCAAAAAAGCUGUAAAACCUUGUGUGCACUUUGGAGCAUUUUUUUUGUUGGUUUUCUUUUGUACAUACUAGCAUUAAAGAUGUUUGGGUUGACAUGUCUGGUUAUAGUGCAAUAUAUUUUGUAUGCAAGCAGUUUCAAUAAAUAAAAGUUGAUCUUCCUCCAUUA